AUGCCACCACCCCGCCGCAUCCUCCAAGCCACAGUCGAGGAAACGCUGACCCCACCGCCAACCCUCCCUCCAACCCAGCAGAUCGCGCGCCUCAUCAAAGCCGAAGGCAACAAUCUCUAUUCCGUAGAAACCGCGUCGGGGGCUAAAUUACUGGUUGAGCUGCAAUCGCGCUUUAGAUCUUCUAUCUGGCUCAAGCGAGGUGGGUUUGUUUUAAUUGAUACGGAUCGGAAGGUGUUUGGGGAGAGGGAGAAUAAGAUUGAUGGCGAGAUUGUGAACGUGGUUAGGGAGGAGAAGAGGUGGAGGAAGAAGGGGUAUUGGCCGGAGGAGUUUGGGGGGAGGAGAUCUGAGGGGGGUAGGAGUGAGGAUGAGGGGGAGUCGAGGGUGGGAAAGAUGCCGAGCUCUGAUGAGGAGGAUCUGGGGGAUGAGGAGAAAGAGGAGGACACUGGAUCAUGA